AUGGACCAAUUUGAGGUUUUAGUUGCAGUUGAGCGUCUAUUCUUUGCAUGGGAACAAAUAUCUGAUAAGGAAACGUUAGUGGAAAGGCUUGAGGGGAGAUUGGCAGACAUGAACUUGAGCCUCUCGACUUCGCCGCAUCGCAGCCUCUUUCUGCCAUACCUCGGUACUCGAAAGGACCAUAAUGUUGCAGAUCCGGAUACCAUAUCUUCAGAGUAUGGAUUGCAGCUGCUGGUAUUGGAAAAUGCGCUGGCGCAUAAUUACUCCAAGGCCAUUAGCCUUUUAGAAUCUUCGACAGUCGGCGACGUGGGAUACAUAGAAUGGUGUAGGUGCAUGAUGAGGCUGAACAUCCUGGGGAAGUCAUACGGUAAUAAUUCGGAACUCGACAUAGGUCUCAGAUCCUAUCUUCGGAAUGGUGCACAGGGAAGUAGCCUGCUUCUUACAGAUGAAGUUAGCGAUUGCAGGAUGCUGGGCUUUGCGAGCCUUUUCCUUCAGGAAGAGUACUUUAUUGCAGUGCACCAUAUGGUGCGGUCAAUACACGAACAUCCAUCGCUGGUGGAUUAUCUACUGAGAGAGGAGGAUGGGAGAGAUAUUUUCAUUCUUAAAGAAGAAUACAAGUUGAUGUUGACUAUUGCCGUGCUGGUCGCAAUCCCAUUAGAGAACUAUCAAGAUUUCCUUCUAUUAGAAGAUCUAAAUCCACUUCUUCAGGGGUUACCUGAGCUGCAUGUCUGUCUGAACCUGCUUGUCAGCACAAGCUUCGGCUCAUUCUUUGCAAGAUGGUUGGGACCUAUACAGGAAUUGGCUAACAGAAGCUGUUUUUUGGCCCCAGUCUGGCACAGUGUUAAUAGCCACAUGCGCAGCAAGAUUUUGGUAUUUUAUAUAAAGAUCUCUGAAAGGGUCACUGUUUCAUAUCUUGCCAGGACACUUGAUAUACCAUAUGACACGGUAAUGGCUGAUGUAUCAUCCCUCAUUCAGAAAUUUGACAUCAAUAUCGGCAUAGAAGGGGAUCUCGUUUACUACAAAGAAGAUCUUCCGGUAGGUAACUUAGUGAGCAAGGUUAGCCAAAUCCAAAGGGAAAUAGAUUCAAAACUUUUAGUCAUGAAGCAAAAGAAUGAUGCUCUACGAAGUUUCAUUGAAAACAUGCUUAAGGAGCAGUCAGUGGAGCCUCUGAAUAGGUCUCAAGAUAUGGAUGCUUUCGAAUUACAUGAGCAAAGCGAAGAUGAAGAAUAUGAAGAAGAACACCUUGAGGAAGGUGAGAAUGUAUAA